UGCAAAGAGGACACAUUGACUCUGCUCUUUCUAGUGAAAGAGUUGCAUGGUCUGCAUGAACAUUGCAACAUAAGAAACUUCUCAGCUGCUACUUUUCCUCUCUGUGCAACAAAUAAGAGUAAAGUGCCAUCAUGGGAGACGGUGAAAUGGAGUGUUUUGGCCCGGCGGCCAUCUUCCUCCGAAAGACAGAAAGAGAGAGAAUAGAGGCUCAAAACACCCCCUUUGAUGCCAAAACAGCAUUCUUUGUGACAGAUGCUGAUGAGAUGUACCUGAAAGGUACUCUCGUUAGUAAAGAGAGUGGAAAAGCCACUGUCAAAACUCUUAGUGGAAAAACUGUCACAGUGAAAGAAGAUGAAAUCUUCUCCAUGAAUCCACCCAAGUUUGACAAAAUUGAGGACAUGGCCAUGAUGACCCACCUCAAUGAGCCUGCUGUGCUGUUUAACCUCAAAGAGCGUUACGCAGCAUGGAUGAUCUAUACCUACUCUGGCUUGUUCUGCGUCACUGUCAAUCCAUACAAGUGGCUCCCAGUGUACGAUUCAGUUGUUGUUGCUGGAUACAGAGGCAAAAAGAGGAUUGAAGCCCCACCUCACAUCUUCUCCAUCUCUGAUAACGCCUAUCAGUUCAUGCUCACUGAUCGAGAGAACCAGUCUGUUCUGAUUACUGGAGAAUCUGGUGCAGGAAAGACUGUAAACACAAAACGUGUCAUUCAGUACUUGGCAACUGUUGGUGCAAUGUCUGGAGGCAAAAAAGCAGAACCCGUGCCUGGAAAAAUGCAGGGAUCACUGGAGGACCAAAUUGUUGCAGCUAACCCCCUGCUGGAGGCUUAUGGUAAUGCCAAGACUGUGAGGAAUGACAACUCUUCCCGUUUUGGUAAAUUCAUCAGGAUUCACUUUGGCACCACUGGAAAACUGGCUUCAGCUGAUAUUGAAACUUAUCUGCUGGAAAAGUCAAGAGUAACAUUCCAGCUGUCUGCUGAGAGGAGCUACCACAUCUUCUACCAGCUCAUGACUGGACACAAGCCAGAACUGCUCGAGGCCCUGCUGAUCACCACCAAUCCAUAUGACUAUCCAAUGAUCAGCCAGGGUGAAAUCGCUGUCAAGAGUAUCAAUGAUGUGGAGGAGUUCAUUGCCACAGAUACCGCCAUUGACAUUCUGGGCUUCACUGCUGAUGAGAAGAUUAGCAUCUACAAGCUGACAGGUGCUGUGAUGCAUCAUGGCAACAUGAAGUUCAAGCAGAAGCAGAGAGAGGAGCAGGCUGAACCUGACGGCACUGAGGUGGCUGAUAAAAUUGCCUACCUCAUGGGCCUGAACUCUGCUGACCUGCUGAAAGCUUUGUGCUACCCAAGAGUAAAGGUCGGAAAUGAGUUUGUGACCAAAGAACAGACGGUCCCACAGGUGAACAAUGCUGUCUCAGCUCUCUCUAAGUCUGUCUAUGAGAAAAUGUUCCUGUGGAUGGUCAUCCGUAUCAAUGAGAUGUUGGACACAAAGCAGCCCAGACAGUUCUUCAUUGGUGUGCUGGACAUCGCUGGAUUUGAGAUCUUCGAUUUCAACAGCUUGGAGCAGCUUUGCAUCAACUUCACAAAUGAGAAACUGCAACAGUUCUUCAACCAUCACAUGUUUGUGCUGGAGCAAGAGGAGUAUAAGAAAGAAGGCAUUGAGUGGGAGUUCAUUGACUUUGGUAUGGACUUGGCUGCCUGCAUUGAGCUUAUUGAGAAGCCAAUGGGCAUCUUCUCCAUCCUUGAAGAGGAGUGCAUGUUCCCCAAGGCCACGGACACAAGCUUCAAAAAUAAGCUGCAUGAUCAGCAUCUCGGCAAAAGUGCAGCCUUCCAAAAGCCAAAGCCUGCCAAAGGCAAGGCAGAGGCCCACUUCUCUCUGGUGCACUAUGCCGGCACUGUUGACUACAACAUUAUGGGCUGGCUGGACAAGAACAAGGACCCACUGAAUGAUUCAGUUGUACAGCUCUACCAGAAGUCAUCACUCAAACUGCUGGCAUUCCUGUAUGCCGCUCAUGCAUCUGACGCUGCGGGAGGUGGUGGAAAGAAGGGCGGCAAGAAGAAGGGUGGUUCCUUCCAGACUGUGUCUGCGCUUUUUAGGGAGAACUUGGGCAAGCUGAUGACUAACCUGAAGAGCACUCACCCUCACUUUGUGCGCUGCUUGAUUCCUAACGAGUCCAAGACUCCAGGUCUGAUGGAGAACUUCCUGGUUAUCCACCAACUCAGGUGUAAUGGUGUGCUAGAGGGUAUCAGAAUUUGCAGAAAGGGUUUCCCCAGCAGAAUCCUCUAUGGUGACUUCAAGCAGAGAUACAAAGUAUUAAAUGCUAGUGUCAUCCCUGAGGGACAGUUUAUUGACAACAAAAAGGCUUCAGAGAAACUGUUGGGCUCAAUUGAUUUUGACCACACCCAGUACAAGUUUGGGCACACUAAGGUGUUUUUCAAAGCUGGUCUGUUGGGUACCCUUGAGGAGAUGAGAGAUGAAAAACUGGCAUCGCUGGUUACCAUGACUCAGGCUUUGUGCCGUGGAUACCUCAUGAGGAGAGAGUUUGUCAAAAUGAUGGAGAGGAGGUAAAAUGUAUUAGAAUAUUAUUUUAAAAAUAUUACUGACCAGAACCAAAGAGUGAUAAUGACUGCUUUGUUGAUCAAGCCUCUUCUGAAGAGUGCAGAGACUGAAAAAGAAAUGGUAGCCAUGAAGGAGAACUUUGAGAAAAUGAAAGAAGAUUUAGCAAAGGCAUUGGCCAAAAAGAAGGAGCUUGAGGAGAAAAUGGUGUCACUCCUACAAGAGAAAAAUGACCUUCAACUGCAAGUAGCAUCUGACUCUGAAAAUCUCUCUGAUGCUGAAGAGAGAUGCGAAGGUCUCAUCAAAAGCAAGAUCCAGCUCGAGGCCAAACUCAAAGAGUCAACCGAGAGACUGGAGGAUGAGGAGGAAAUCAAUGCUGAACUGACUGCAAAGAAGAGGAAACUGGAAGAUGAAUGCUCUGAGCUGAAGAAAGAUAUUGAUGACCUGGAGCUCACCUUAGCAAAAGUGGAGAAGGAGAAACAUGCAACUGAAAAUAAGGUGAAAAACCUGACUGAGGAAAUGGCCUCUCAGGAUGAGAGCAUUGCCAAGCUGACCAAAGAAAAGAAAGCCCUCCAAGAGGCACACCAGCAGACUCUUGAUGACCUUCAGGCAGAGGAAGACAAAGUCAACACUCUGACAAAGGCUAAGACAAAGCUUGAGCAGCAAGUGGAUGAUCUUGAGGGCUCACUGGAGCAAGAGAAGAAGCUCCGUAUGGACCUUGAGAGAGCCAAGAGGAAGCUUGAGGGUGAUCUGAAACUGGCACAGGAGUCCAUAAUGGACCUGGAGAAUGAAAAACAGCAAUCAGAGGAGAAGAUCAAAAAGAAGGACUUUGAGAUAAGUCAGCUUCUCAGCAAGAUCGAAGAUGAACAGUCUUUGGGAGCACAGCUUCAAAAGAAGAUCAAAGAACUUCAGGCCCGAACUGAGGAGCUGGAAGAAGAAAUUGAGGCUGAGCGAGCUGCUCGUUCUAAAGUUGAGAAGCAGAGAGCUGAUCUGUCCAGAGAACUUAAAGAGAUCAGUGAAAGGCUUGAGGAAGCUGGUGGUGCCACUGCUGCCCAGAUUGAGAUGAAUAAGAAGCGUGAAGCUGAAUUCCAGAAGUUGCGUCGUGAUCUUGAAGAGUCCACCUUACAGCAUGAAGCUACAGCAGCAGCUCUCCGUAAGAAGCAGGCAGACAGUGUGGCUGAGCUGGGGGAACAGAUCGACAACCUCCAGCGAGUCAAGCAGAAGCUGGAGAAGGAGAAGAGUGAAUACAAGAUGGAGAUUGAUGAUUUAUCAAGCAACAUGGAAGCUGUGGCUAAAUCAAAGACAAAUUUAGAAAAGAUGUGCCGAACUCUUGAAGAUCAACUGAGUGAAAUCAAGGCCAAGAAUGAUGAAAAUAUUCAUCAGCUGAAUGACAUCAAUGCACAACGAGCAAGACUUCAGACUGAGAAUGGUGAAUUUAGCCGCCAAUUGGAAGAGAAAGAAGCACUUGUCUCACAAUUAACUAGAGGAAAACAGGCUUAUACACAGCAAAUUGAGGAGCUUAAGAGGCAUAUUGAGGAGGAAGUCAAGGCCAAGAAUGCCUUGGCUCAUGUGGUCCAGUCUGCCCGACAUGACUGUGAUUUGCUUAGAGAGCAGUUUGAGGAGGAACAGCAGGCCAAAGCUGAACUGCAGCGUGGAAUGUCUAAAGCCAACAGUGAGGUGGCUCAGUGGAGAACCAAAUAUGAGACCGAUGCCAUCCAGCGCACUGAGGAGCUUGAGGAAUCGAAGAAAAAGUUGGCCCAACGUCUGCAGGAAGCUGAAGAAUCCAUUGAGGCUGUGAACUCCAAGUGUGCCUCUCUGGAAAAGACCAAACAGAGACUACAGUGUGAAGUAGAGGACCUCAUGAUUGAUGUGGAGAGGGCAAAUUCAUUGGCUGCCAACCUUGACAAGAAGCAGAGGAACUUUGACAAGGUCCUGGCAGAGUGGAAACAGAAGUAUGAAGAAAGCCAGGCUGAACUGGAAGGUGCUCAGAAAGAAGCUCGUUCUCUCAGCACAGAGCUUUUCAAGAUGAAGAACUCCUAUGAAGAAGCUCUUGACCAGCUGGAGACCCUGAAGAGGGAGAACAAGAAUUUGCAACAGGAGAUUUCCGACCUAACAGAGCAGCUUGGAGAGACCGGAAAGAGCAUUCAUGAAUUAGAGAAAGCCAAAAAGACAGUUGAGACAGAGAAAGCAGAGAUCCAGACUGCACUUGAAGAAGCUGAGGGCACAUUGGAGCAUGAAGAGUCCAAGAUACUUUGUGUCCAGCUUGAGCUGAACCAGGUUAAGAGUGAGAUUGACAGGAAGCUUGCUGAGAAGGAUGAGGAGAUGGAACAGAUCAAGAGGAACAGCCAAAGAGUAAUUGAAUCCAUGCAGAGCACUCUGGACUCUGAGGUCAGGAGCAGAAAUGAUGCCCUGAGAGUCAAAAAGAAGAUGGAGGGAGAUCUUAAUGAAAUGGAGAUUCAGCUGAGUCAUGCCAACCGCCAGGCUGCUGAGGCCCAGAAACAGCUCAGGAACGUCCAAGGCCAGCUCAAGGAUGCCCAACUGCAUCUUGAUGAAGCUAUCAGAGGACAGGAGGACAUGAAGGAGCAGGUUGCCAUGGUUGAGCGCAGGAAUAAUCUGAUGCAAGCAGAGAUUGAGGAGCUGAGAGCUGCACUGGAUCAAACAGAGAGAGGCCGCAAAUUGGCAGAGCAGGAGUUGGUUGAUGCCAGGGAACGUGCGGGACUGCUGCACUCUCAAAAUACAAGUCUUAUUAACACAAAGAAGAAGCUUGAGGCUGAUCUGAUUCAGGUUCAAGGUGAGGUGGAUGAUGUAGUCCAAGAGGCCAGAAAUGCAGAGGAGAAGGCCAAGAAGGCCAUCACUGAUGCUGCCAUGAUGGCUGAGGAGCUGAAGAAGGAGCAGGACACCAGCGCUCACCUGGAAAGGAUGAAGAAGAACCUGGAGGUUACUGUCAAAGAUCUGCAGCACCGUCUAGAUGAAGCUGAGAGUCUGGCCAUGAAAGGUGGCAAGAAACAGCUCCAGGAAAUUCCUUGUUACAAAAAUAAUACUUUAAUGAAGGUGCGUGAGUUGGAGGCUGAAGUUGAAGCUGAACAAAGACGUGGUGCUGACGCUGUAAAAGGAGUGCGCAAAUAUGAGAGGAGAGUGAAGGAGCUCACCUACCAGACUGAAGAAGACAAGAAGAAUGUGAUCAGACUGCAGGAUCUGGUAGACAAGCUGCAGCUGAAAGUGAAGGCCUAUAAGCGCCAGGCUGAGGAAGCGGAGGAGCAGGCCAACACUCACCUGUCCAGGUACAGGAAGGUGCAGCAUGAGAUGGAGGAGGCUCAAGAGCAUGCUGACAUCGCUGAGUCCCAGGUCAACAAGCUGAGAGUCAAGAGUCGUGAUGCUGGAAAGUAUCACCCAGAAACAUCAGACACGUUUUCUCUCUGGACAGAACCGCAGAACAUGGGAGACGGUGAAAUGGAGUGUUUUGGCCCGGCGGCCAUUUUCCUCCGCAAGCCAGAAAGAGAGAGGUUAGAGGCCCAAAACACCCCCUUUGAUGCCAAAACAGCAUUCUUUGUGACUGAGCCAGAUAACAUGUACCUGAAGGGUACUCUUGUUAGCAAAGAAGGUGGCAAAGCUACCGUCAAAACUCUGUGUGGGAAAACUCUUACGGUGAAAGAAAAUGAAAUCUUCCCUAUGAAUCCACCCAAGUUUGACAAAAUUGAGGACAUGGCCAUGAUGACCCACCUCAAUGAGCCUGCUGUGCUGUAUAAUCUCAAAGAGCGUUACGCAGCAUGGAUGAUCUAUACCUACUCUGGCUUGUUCUGCGUCACUGUCAAUCCAUACAAGUGGCUCCCAGUGUACGAUUCAGUUGUUGUUGCUGGAUACAGAGGCAAAAAGAGGAUUGAAGCCCCACCUCACAUCUUCUCCAUCUCUGAUAACGCCUAUCAGUUCAUGCUCACUGACAGGGAGAAUCAAUCUAUCCUGAUUACUGGAGAAUCUGGUGCUGGAAAGACUGUCAAUACCAAACGUGUAAUCCAGUACUUUGCGACAAUCGCUGUAUCAGGAGCGAAGAAGGCAGAACAUGUUCCUGGCAAAAUGCAGGUCAGGAAAAAUGUAGAGUCAAAUAACAGUCAAAGUUUAGUGACAGCACUAUUGUAAAUGGUGAAAUUAUAUGUGUAUCACCAGGGUUCGCUAGAAGACCAAAUCAUUGCAGCUAACCCCCUGCUGGAGGCUUAUGGUAAUGCCAAGACUGUGAGGAAUGACAACUCUUCCCGUUUCGGUAAAUUCAUCAGGAUUCACUUUGCCUCCACUGGAAAACUGGCUUCAGCUGAUAUUGAAACUUAUCUGCUGGAAAAGUCAAGAGUAACAUUCCAGCUGUCUGCUGAGAGGAGCUACCACAUCUUCUACCAGCUCAUGACUGGACACAAGCCAGAACUGCUCGAGGCCCUGCUGAUCACCACCAAUCCAUAUGACUAUCCAAUGAUCAGCCAGGGUGAAAUCGCUGUCAAGAGUAUCAAUGAUGUGGAGGAGUUCAUUGCCACAGAUACCGCCAUUGACAUUCUGGGCUUCACUGCUGAUGAGAAGAUUAGCAUCUACAAGCUGACAGGUGCUGUGAUGCAUCAUGGCAACAUGAAGUUCAAGCAGAAGCAGAGAGAGGAGCAGGCUGAACCUGACGGCACUGAGGUGGCUGAUAAAAUUGCCUACCUCAUGGGCCUGAACUCUGCUGACUUGCUGAAAGCUUUGUGCUACCCAAGAGUAAAGGUCGGAAAUGAGUUUGUGACCAAAGGACAGACGGUCCCACAGGUGAACAAUGCUGUCUCAGCUCUCUGUAAGUCUGUCUAUGAGAAAAUGUUCUUGUGGAUGGUCGUCCGUAUCAAUGAGAUGUUGGACACAAAGCAGCCCAGACAGUUCUUCAUUGGUGUGCUGGACAUCGCUGGAUUUGAGAUCUUCGAUUUCAACAGCUUGGAGCAGCUUUGCAUCAACUUCACAAAUGAGAAACUGCAACAGUUCUUCAACCAUCACAUGUUUGUGCUGGAGCAAGAGGAGUAUAAGAAAGAAGGCAUUGAGUGGGAGUUCAUUGACUUUGGUAUGGACUUGGCUGCCUGCAUUGAGCUUAUUGAGAAGCCAAUGGGCAUCUUCUCCAUCCUUGAAGAGGAGUGCAUGUUCCCCAAGGCCACGGACACAAGCUUCAAAAAUAAGCUGCAUGAUCAGCAUCUCGGCAAAAGUGCAGCCUUCCAAAAGCCAAAGCCUGCCAAAGGCAAGGCAGAGGCCCACUUCUCUCUGGUGCACUAUGCCGGCACUGUUGACUACAACAUUAUGGGCUGGCUGGACAAGAACAAGGACCCACUGAAUGAUUCAGUUGUACAGCUCUACCAGAAGUCAUCACUCAAACUGCUGGCAUUCCUGUAUGUCUCUCACGCAUCAUCUGAAGGUGAGGGAAGUGGUGGAAAGAAAGGAGGCAAGAAGAAGGGUGGUUCCUUCCAGACUGUGUCUGCACUGUUUAGGGAGAACUUGGGAAAGCUGAUGACUAACCUGAGGAGCACUCACCCUCACUUUGUGCGCUGCUUGAUUCCUAAUGAGUCCAAGACUCCAGGUCUGAUGGAGAACUUCCUGGUUAUCCACCAACUCAGGUGUAAUGGUGUGCUAGAGGGUAUCAGAAUUUGCAGAAAGGGUUUCCCCAGCAGAAUCCUCUAUGGUGACUUCAAGCAGAGAUACAAAGUAUUAAAUGCUAGUGUCAUCCCUGAGGGACAGUUUAUUGACAACAAAAAGGCUUCAGAGAAACUGUUGGGCUCAAUUGAUGUUGACCACACCCAGUACAAGUUUGGGCACACUAAGGUGUUUUUCAAAGCUGGUCUGCUGGGUACCCUUGAGGAGAUGAGAGAUGAGAAACUAGCUGAGCUAGUUACCAUGACCCAGGCCCUUUGUCGUGGCUUCCUCAUGAGGAGGGAGUUUGUCAAGAUGAUGGAGAGGAGAGAGUCCAUUUUCACCAUUCAAUACAACAUCCGCUCAUUUAUGAAUGUGAAACACUGGCCAUGGAUGAAGCUGUACUUCAAGAUCAAGCCUCUUCUGAAGAGUGCAGAGACUGAGAAAGAAAUGGCAGCCAUGAAAGAGACCUUUGAGAAAACAAAAGAUGAUUUAGCAAAGGCAUUAGCCAAGAAAAAGGAUCUUGAGGAGAAGAUGGUAUCUCUACUUCAAGAAAAGAAUGAUUUGUUAUUACAGGUUCAAGCUGAGACAGAGAACCUAUCUGAUGCUGAGGAGAGAUGUGAAGGUCUCAUCAAAAGCAAGAUCCAGCUCGAGGCCAAACUCAAAGAGACAACUGAGAGACUGGAGGACGAGGAGGAAAUCAAUGCUGAACUGACUGCUAAGAAGAGGAAACUGGAAGAUGAAUGCUCUGAGCUGAAGAAAGAUAUUGAUGACCUGGAGCUCACCUUAGCAAAAGUGGAGAAGGAGAAACAUGCAACUGAAAAUAAGGUGAAAAACCUGACUGAGGAAAUGGCCUCUCAGGAUGAGAGCAUUGCCAAGCUGACCAAAGAGAAGAAAGCCCUCCAAGAGGCACACCAGCAGACUCUUGAUGACCUUCAGGCAGAGGAAGACAAAGUCAACACUCUGACAAAGGCUAAAAUAAAGCUUGAGCAGCAAGUGGAUGAUCUUGAGGGCUCACUGGAGCAAGAGAAGAAGCUCCGUAUGGACCUUGAGAGAGCCAAGAGGAAGCUUGAGGGUGAUCUGAAACUGGCACAGGAGUCCAUAAUGGACCUGGAGAAUGAAAAACAGCAAUCAGAGGAGAAGAUCAAAAAGAAGGACUUUGAGAUAAGCCAGUUUCUCAGCAAGAUUGAAGAUGAACAGUCUUUGGGAGCACAGCUUCAGAAGAAGAUCAAAGAACUUCAGGCCCGUAUUGAGGAGCUGGAAGAAGAAAUUGAGGCUGAGCGAGCUGCUCGUGCUAAAGUUGAGAAGCAGAGAGCUGAUCUGUCCAGAGAACUUGAAGAGAUCAGUGAAAGGCUUGAGGAAGCUGGUGGUGCUACUGCUGCCCAGAUUGAGAUGAAUAAGAAGCGUGAAGCUGAAUUCCAGAAGUUGCGUCGUGAUCUUGAAGAGUCCACCUUACAACAUGAAGCUACAGCAGCAGCUCUCCGUAAGAAGCAGGCAGACAGUGUGGCUGAGCUGGGGGAACAGAUCGACAACCUCCAGCGUGUCAAGCAGAAGCUGGAGAAGGAGAAGAGUGAAUACAAGAUGGAGAUUGAUGACUUAUCAAGCAACAUGGAAGCUGUGGCUAAAUCAAAGGCAAACCUUGAGAAGAUGUGUCGUACAUUGGAGGACCAAGUGAGUGAGCUAAAAACCAAGAAUGAUGAGCAUGUACGCCAACUUAAUGAUAUCAAUUCCCAAAAGGCAAGGCUGCAAACUGAAAAUGGUGAAUUUGGGCGUCAGUUGGAUGAGAAAGAAGCUCUCGUUUCUCAACUGACAAGAAGUAAACAAGCUUACACUCAGCAGAUUGAGGAACUCAAAAGACAUAUAGAAGAAGAGGUUAAGGCCAAAAACGCCCUGGCCCAUGUGGCUCAGUCUGCCCGCCAUGACUGUGAUUUGCUCAGAGAGCAGUUUGAGGAGGAACAGGAGGCCAAAACUGAACUGCAGCGUUCAAUGUCUAAAGCCAACAUUGAGGUGGCUCAGUGGAGAACCAAAUAUGAGACUGAUGCCAUUCAGCGCACUGAGGAGCUUGAGGAAGCAAAGAAAAAGUUGGCCCAACGUCUGCAGGAAGCUGAAGAAUCCAUUGAGGCUGUGAAUUCAAAGUGCGCCUCUCUGGAAAAGACCAAACAGAGACUGCAGGGUGAAGUAGAGGACCUCAUGAUUGAUGUGGAGAGGGCAAAUGCAUUGGCUGCCAAUCUUGACAAGAAGCAGAGAAACUUUGACAAGGUCCUGGCAGAGUGGAAACAGAAGUAUGAAGAAAGCCAGGCUGAACUGGAAGGUGCUCAGAAAGAAGCUCGUUCUCUUAGCACUGAGAUUUUCAAGAUGAAGAACUCCUAUGAAGAAGCUCUUGACCAGCUGGAGACCCUGAAGAGGGAGAACAAGAAUCUUCAACAAGAGAUCUCUGACCUGACUGAGCAGCUUGGAGAGACCGGAAAGAGUAUUCAUGAACUGGAAAAGGCAAAGAAAACAGUGGAGGUUGAAAAAUCAGAAAUACAGACUGCAUUGGAAGAAGCUGAGGGCACCCUGGAACAUGAAGAGUCCAAGAUUCUUCGUGUCCAGCUUGAGCUGAACCAAGUUAAGAGUGAGAUUGACAGGAAGCUUGCUGAGAAGGAUGAGGAGAUAGAACAGAUCAAGAGGAACAGCCAAAGAGUAAUUGAAUCCAUGCAGAGCACUCUGGACUCUGAGGUCAGGAGCAGAAAUGAUGCCCUAAGAGUCAAGAAGAAGAUGGAGGGAGAUCUUAAUGAAAUGGAGAUUCAGCUGAGUCAUGCCAACCGCCAGGCUGCUGAGGCCCAGAAACAGCUCAGGAACGUCCAAGGCCAGCUCAAGGAUGCCCAACUGCAUCUUGAUGAAGCUAUCAGAGGACAGGAGGACAUGAAGGAGCAGGUUGCCAUGGUUGAGCGCAGGAAUAAUCUGAUGCAAGCAGAGAUUGAGGAGCUGAGAGCUGCACUGGAUCAAACAGAGAGAGGCCGCAAAGUGGCAGAGCAGGAGUUGGUUGAUGCCAGGGAACGUGUUGGACUGCUGCACUCUCAAAAUACAAGUCUUAUUAACACAAAGAAGAAGCUUGAGGCUGAUCUGAUUCAGGUACAAGGUGAGGUGGAUGAUGUAGUCCAAGAGGCCAGAAAUGCAGAGGAGAAGGCCAAGAAGGCCAUCACUGAUGCUGCCAUGAUGGCUGAGGAGCUGAAGAAGGAGCAGGACACCAGCGCUCACCUGGAAAGGAUGAAGAAGAACCUGGAGGUUACUGUCAAAGAUCUGCAGCACCGUCUAGAUGAAGCUGAGAGUCUGGCCAUGAAAGGUGGCAAGAAACAGCUCCAGAAACUGGAGUCCAGGGUGCGUGAGUUGGAGGCUGAAGUUGAAGCUGAACAAAGACGUGGUGCUGACGCUGUAAAAGGAGUGCGCAAAUAUGAGAGGAGAGUGAAAGAGCUCACCUACCAGACUGAAGAAGACAAGAAGAAUGUGACUAGACUGCAGGAUCUGGUAGACAAGCUCCAGCUGAAAAUGAAGGCCUAUAAGCGCCAGGCUGAGGAUGCUGAGGAGCAGGCCAACACUCACCUGUCCAGGUACAGGAAGGUGCAGCAUGAGCUAGAGGAGGCUCAAGAGCGUGCUGACAUCGCUGAGUCCCAGGUCAACAAGCUGAGAGUCAAGAGUCGUGAAGCUGGAAAGGGCAAAGAAGCAGAGGAGUGAAGAAUAACGACCAGAGACAGUAGCAAGUCAUCAUAUAAUAUGAAAUGCUUGUGAAAUGUCAGUGUGCAAAUAGAAACAAUAAAGGUAAACCUGCAAGUUUCCUGCUCUUGUUUUCCUAUAAUUAUCAAACACUUACAUAAAA